AAUCCUGCAAGCGAAACAAAAUUUACGUCUGUCCCCGCUUUCCUUUUAUCUUCUUCUCCUUUCAUCUCAAUCGCGUGGCAAAGGAGAGAGAGGAGCAAGGGGAAAGGGAUCUAGAGAGAGAGAGAGAGAGAUAGGAAUCUAGGGUUAGGGUUCGCGAGAUCGCGAGAGAAGGAGGAGAGAGAGAUGAGGGAGAUUAUAAGCAUCCAUAUAGGGCAGGCAGGGAUUCAGGUGGGGAAUUCUUGCUGGGAGCUCUACUGUCUCGAGCAUGGCAUCCAUCCUGAUGGUACCAUGCCCAGCGAUACUUCGGUAGGUGUUGCCCACGAUGCGUUCAACACCUUCUUCAGUGAGACUGGUGCCGGCAAGCAUGUGCCCAGGGCCAUAUUUUUGGAUCUGGAGCCCACCGUGAUUGAUGAAGUUAGAACCGGGUCUUAUCGCCAACUCUUCCAUCCAGAGCAGCUCAUUUCUGGAAAGGAGGAUGCUGCCAAUAACUUUGCUCGAGGGCACUACACAGUGGGGAAGGAAAUCGUAGAUCUCUGCCUCGACCGUGUGAGGAAGUUGGCAGACAACUGCACGGGCUUGCAAGGUUUUCUGGUUUUCAAUGCUGUUGGUGGUGGCACUGGGUCUGGUUUGGGUUCCUUGCUGUUGGAACGUUUGUCUGUGGAUUAUGGGAAGAAGUCAAAGCUUGGCUUCACUAUCUAUCCUUCCCCGCAGGUUUCUACAGCAGUUGUCGAGCCAUAUAACAGUGUCCUUUCCACUCAUUCCUUGCUUGAACACACAGAUGUUGCAGUUCUUUUGGACAAUGAAGCCAUUUAUGAUAUCUGCCGAAGGUCCCUAGACAUUGAGAGGCCAACUUACACCAACUUGAACCGGUUGAUAUCACAGAUCAUAUCCUCAUUGACAACUUCUCUGAGGUUUGAUGGAGCUAUUAAUGUUGAUGUUACCGAGUUCCAGACCAAUCUCGUACCCUAUCCCCGAAUCCAUUUCAUGCUCUCCUCGUAUGCCCCUGUUAUCUCUGCUGAGAAAGCAUACCAUGAGCAGCUUUCGGUGCCUGAGAUCACAAAUGCAGUUUUUGAACCUUCAAGCAUGAUGGCAAAAUGUGACCCAAGGCAUGGAAAGUACAUGGCUUGUUGUUUAAUGUAUCGUGGAGACGUCGUUCCCAAGGAUGUCAAUGCUGCUGUAGCAACUAUUAAAACCAAGAGAACAGUCCAGUUUGUCGACUGGUGCCCAACUGGUUUCAAGUGUGGAAUCAACUAUCAGCCACCAACAGUGGUCCCAGGAGGUGAUUUGGCCAGGGUGCAGCGGGCUGUUUGCAUGAUCAGCAAUAACACUGCUGUGGCUGAAGUGUUUUCACGGAUUGAUCACAAAUUUGACCUCAUGUAUGCAAAGCGUGCAUUUGUUCACUGGUACGUUGGAGAAGGGAUGGAAGAAGGGGAAUUUUCUGAAGCCCGAGAGGAUUUGGCUGCCCUUGAGAAGGACUAUGAGGAAGUUGGAGCAGAGGGUGCAGAUGAUGAUUUGGACGAGGGAGAAGAUUACUGAGUUGCUGAAAUCAUUAAUUAGUGAGUGUUAGUUGUGGUCUCUCUCUCUCACACACACAUUUGCUGUUUGUGCGUUAUACUCUUGCUAUGCACCAUCAUAUGGUGUAAUGUGGUGUUUUACUAUUGUAUUGCUUUCUCUUGUUAUUGUUGAAAUUACCCAUGGCUAUUAAUAUUGCUCAGUUAUUUCAGAUUUA